UGAGCAUGCGUGGUAGUCGGAAUGCAGUAAGUGGAAGUGGUAUCGUCUUACGUGAGCAGAAAGGGGAGAGUGAAAGGGCUGUGAUUUUUAACGAGCCAUGGGUUCGGGCAGGAACCCCGGGGGAGGUGGAACCUGACGCUGCAGAAAAUAACUGAUCAACUCGGGUGUGUUGUGAAGGCUAGCAUCCCUCGGAAGGGAUGAGGACCUCUGAUUUGUCCCUCGGCUGCAACGUUUGUUGUAGGAGCCGCACCACUUCACUGCUUUCCUGGAUUUGUUACGCGUAACUAUUAUUGCUUUCAGAAUAAAAUACGCUUCUUUGCAAGAUGCUUUUUGAUAGCACAGAUGAGAAUGUCUGUUAAUUUGGAAGCUUGUGACUGGUGCAUAAGUGCUGCCCACAGUUCGUUAGUAGCGUGCAGUCGGAGCACGAAGCAUUACCUCAGAGUUAAGGCUUUGGGUUUCUUUUACAUGGAGGAACUGGUUCUUGUUUCUUUUUUUGUCAUUUACGGUGCUUUUACUUUCGCCAAUUUUCUUUAAAAAGAAAGCCAUACAACGCUUGAUUGUGGUGUGUUGCUCCACAGGUAUAGAGCUUCUAGUAUUAAGGAGUGUUGUCAGUUUUUUGUUUGUCCUUCCAUAUGCGUGCCUGACAGACUGUCAGACUGAUGCAGAGGAACCAACCAUGCAGCAGCAACCGUAUGAUUUUUUCAGUGAAGAGAAUCAUCACAAAUGGCGGGGCCUUUUUCUACCUGCUUUACGUAAGGUCCAGGAACAAGUGCAUCCCAACCUUUCAGCAAGUGAUGAGUCCCUUUAUUAUGUAGAAGAAUUGAUUCUUCAGCUGCUAAACAUGUUGUGCGUUGCUCAGCCUCGGACUGUUCAAGAUGUGGAGGACCGAGUCCAGAAGACUUUUCCACAUCCAAUUGAAAAAUGGGCCAUUGGUGAUGCACAGUCUGCAAUAGAAAAACGCAAACGAAAAAACCCUCUUCUUCUCCCAGUGGAAAAAAUACAUCCUUUACUGAAGGAAGUGUUGGGCUAUAAAGUUGAUUACAAUGUGUCCCUGUAUAUAGUUGCUGUACUCGAAUAUAUUUCUGCUGAUAUCCUGAAAUUGGCUGGGAAUUAUGUUUUCAACAUUCGCCACACUGAAAUUUCCAAGCAGGAUAUCAAAGUGUCAAUGUGUGCAGAUAAGGUUCUCAUGGAUAUGUUUGACCAGGAUGAAGAUUUUGGUUUGGUGACUGAUGAUGAUGAGCCUUCUUCUUCAGGUGAACUCCAUUACCAUGAUCUGGUGAGAGCCGCAAUUGCGGAAGAGAGGCAGUAUCUGCGAGAAUUAAACUUAAUUAUAAAAGUGUUUCGCGAAGCAUUCCUAUCCAACAGUAGACUCUUUAGUCAUCAAGAUAUUGAAGUGAUAUUCAGCAACAUUCUGGAUAUUCAUGAACUAACUGUGAAGCUGUUGGGUCUGAUAGAGGACACUGUGGAAAUGACAGAUGAAAGUAGCCCUCAUCCUCUGGUUGGAAGUUGCUUUGAAGAUCUAGCUGAGGAGCAAGCAUUUGACCCUUAUGAAAUCUUGGCUCAGGAUAUUCUUUCACCACUUUUUCAUGAACACUUUAAUAACUUAAUGGCUAAGCCAUCUGUUGCACUGCACUUUCAAUCUAUUGCUAAAGGUUUCAAAGAAGCUGUACAGUAUGUAUUGCCACGUCUUCUCUUGGUCCCCAUCAAUCACUGUUUGCACUAUUUUGAAUUAUUGCAGCAACUUGAAGAGCGAAGUGAAGAUGAGGAAGACCGAGAAUGUUUGAAACAAGCCAUUACUGCUCUUCUUAACUUAGAAUGUAGUUUGGUACGCAUUUCCAACAAGCACUUACCUCGACGCAGACCUGGGGAAUCUGCCUACCGUUUCUACAGUCGCCAAGUUAGAAGCAAACACCUAGCCAUAAAGAAAAUGAAUGAGAUCCAGAAGAAUAUUGAUGGCUGGGAAGGGAAGGACAUUGGACAGUGCUGCAAUGAAUUAAUCAUGGAAGGUACGCUAAUGCAAGUAGGAGCGAAGCAUGAACGCCAUAUUUUCCUCUUUGAUGGCUUAAUGAUCAGCUGUAAGGUCAAUCAUGGACAGUCACGGCUCCCCAGUUCCAGUAGUGGUGAAUACAAGGUGAAGGAAAAGUUUCAUAUGAGAAAAGUCCAAAUCAUUGACAAAGACGACACUGCAGAAUACAGGCAUGCAUUUGAAAUUGUUAGGAAAGAUGAAAACAGUGUACUGUUUGCAGCUAAAUCUGCUGAGGAGAAAAAUAACUGGAUGGCAGCCUUGAUUUCACUCCACUAUCGGAGUACUCUGGAUCGAAUGUUAGAUGCUGUACUGUUACAUGAAGAACAGGAACGACCACUCAGACUGCCCAAUCCAGACGUGUAUCGUUUUGCUGAACAAGAUUCUGAGGGUAACAUUGUUUUUGAAGACAGUGUGCAAAGCAAAACUGGAAUUAUGAUUAAAGGAGGGACUGUUCUAAAAUUAAUUGAAAGACUGACAUACCACAUGUAUGCAGAUCCUAAUUUUGUGCGCACUUUUCUGACAACAUACAGAUCAUUCUGCAAACCCCAGGAGCUACUCAACCUUUUGAUAGAGCGGUUUGAGAUCCCUGAUCCUGAGCCUUCAGAGGCUGAUAAACUUGCAAAAGAAAAGGGAGAUGACCCAUUUACCACUGACCUGAAGAGAUUUCGUAAGGAGUAUGUUCAGCCUGUACAGCUCAGGGUUCUAAAUGUAUUUCGUCAUUGGGUAGAACAUCAUUUCUAUGACUUUGAGAGAGACCCUUGUUUACUUACUAGGUUAGAGGAAUUCAUUUCAAAUGUCAAAGGAAAGGCUAUGAAGAAGUGGGUAGAAUCCAUCAUGAAAAUCAUUAAAAGGAAACAACAGACUCAAGCAAAUGGAAUCAGCCAUAAUAUUACAUUUGGAAGUCCACCUCCGCCAGUUGAGUGGCACAUCAGUAAACCUGGGCAAAUAGAUACUUUUGAUCUCAUGACCCUUCAUCCUAUAGAAAUAGCACGGCAACUCACACUCCUAGAAUCUGAUCUCUAUAGAGCUGUACAACCAUCUGAACUUGUUGGUAGUGUAUGGACUAAAGAAGAUAAAGAAAUAAAUUCUCCCAAUUUACUAAGGAUGAUUCGUCACACAACAAAUCUCACUCUCUGGUUUGAAAAGUGUGUAGUGGAAGCUGAGAAUUUUGAAGAGCGAGUUGCUGUCUUUGGGCGAAUUAUUGAAAUUUUGCAGGUUUUCCAAGAGUUAAAUAACUUCAAUGGCGUACUGGAAAUAGUUAGUGCAGUGAAUUCUGUGCCAGUAUAUAGGUUGGACCACACCUUUGAGGCACUGAAUGAGAGGAAAAGGAGGGUUUUGGAUGAAGCAGUGGAAUUGAGCCAAGAUCAUUUUAAGAAGUAUCUUGCAAAACUCAAGAGUAUAAACCCACCAUGUGUGCCUUUCUUUGGAAUAUAUUUGACAAACAUUCUCAAGACCGAAGAAGGAAACCCAGAUUUUCUUAAAAGAAAUGGGAAGGAAUUACUUAAUUUCAGCAAAAGGAGAAAAGUGGCUGAAAUUACGGGAGAAAUUCAGCAGUACCAGAACCAGCCUUAUUGCUUGAAAGUGGAGUCGGACAUAAAGAGAUUUUUUGAAAAUCUAAACCCCAUGGGAAUCAUGUCAGAGAAAGAGUUUACAGACCAUCUCUUCAACAAGUCGUUAGAAAUUGAACCGAGAAACUGUAAGCAGCCACCUAGAUUUUCUAGGAAAACUACGUACUCUUUAAAGUCCCCUGGAAUAAGGCCUAAUACUGGUAGACAUACCUCUUUGUCAGGUACCAUGAAGAAUCAUCCGAUGCCACUGGCGCUGGAACGAGAGCCACACAGGAUUAGUUUCAGUCGAAUACCAGAAAUGGAACAUGAGUCAACCAUGUCAGCACCUACCUCCCCAUGCAGUCCUACACCUCCACCGAUAUCAGCUUCUUCUGAGCUCAGUGUUUUCUCAGAUAUGGAUCAUAUUCCAUUCCACAGCAGCCACAGCAUAUUUGCACCUGUCUUUUUGCCUCAUUCAAAAUCUUACUCAAGUUCAUGCGGAAGUUUACAUCGGUUAAGUGAGGAUUUUCUGAUUCCUCCUCCACUUCCUCCACGAAAAAAGGAACACGAUCCUACUAAUUCAAAGACUGGACCAAAAUUAAAUGGUAGUCCUCCUGCUAUUCCACCAAGGCUGCCUCCACCUCCAAGGAUACAUCCAAGAGUUCCUGUUCACAAUGGCCUUCUAGAUGGACCUUUGCUUAGUCCUCCACCUCCACCUCCAAGAGAUCCUCUACCAGAUCCUCCACUGGUUCCAUGUAAGCCACAAGAGAACUUUGUGAACUGUCCAUUUAAUCUUCCACCUCCUCCACUUGGACGGCUUCACAGGGAGCAGGACUGGUUAAGAGAACCCAGCACAUGCCCCAACUCUCCAAAUACUCCACCAAGCACACCUUCUCCACGAGCUCUGCGUCGCAGUGCUACACUCAGUGCAAGCCAGCAGAAUCUUUCUUACCCAGCAGCACCACCAGUUCCACCAAGGCAGAACUCUAGUCCUCUACUACCAAAACUUCCACCAAAGACCUACAAAAGGGAACUUUCACAUCCACCGCUGCAAGGACAGUCCUUGGUAGAAAAUACAGAAGUUCCUCAUUGAUGUUAAAUGUAUUAAGUCGCUGACACUGGAUUCGCAUGUCACUUUUUGUAUUAAAUAUGGCACUGUACUUUAAGUACUUCUACAAAGAAAGCUCUUACUAAAUGUGUUGCUGUUAAGAAUGCACAUAAACUCUUAUUUAUGAAAGUAUUCACAGCAGUUUUCAUUCCUACCUACAGCGUUAUCCUCAGGUGAUUAGUAGUAUUGCCUUUUCUCAAAUUUCCAGUGCCAUUGUGGUUAUGCCAGUACAAAACACAGUAUCUGUCGCACUGUAUUGCAGACCUUUACAAGUUUGAACUUUAAAGAGAUGACUUUUGCACUGAGCCAAUGAGAGGUAAGUUCUUGAGACUCUUCUGGCUUGAGCUCUAGUGGCCUUUGAAGGGCAAUCCAGUAACACAGACUUGAUGAGUUAAAGUACAAAUUGCUCUCAGUACCCCAGAGCUCAGAUAUUGCUUUGGAACAAUGACGUUUGUGGAUGCCUUCUGCUGUUCUGACUUUCAAUACCAUGUCUUAAGUUCUAUCAGUUUGCUGCUGAAUGUACAGUACAAACUUAUAUAAGGAACACUACAUGUUAUUCUAUAUCUAGGAUAUCCAAAUGCACUACAACUUUAAUUUCUGAACUUUGCAGAUGAAUUGGAUCAAAGUACAAAAAAAAUCUUUUGCUAUUAGUAGGAAUGCAUCUUAUUCAGAUGUGCCUUUUUAUUUUUGCAGUCGAAGGUGUCUUAAACUAAAAAGUUGCCUAAUACUUUGGAGAACAAAGCUAUACACAAUUUAUGUACAAUGUUGUCAGUACUGUGUAUAUAUGGCAUAUGUAGAUACAAGCUAGGAAGUCUGGUAUAUGAAUAACGUCAUAUAAGAACUCCAGUAUAACCUAAUUAAUUCAGGAAGAGAAGAAGAGAAACUACUGUGUCUUAGGAACAAAAGCCUUGCUUUUCAAAUACUAUAAGCAACCUGGGAAUCUCAGUAUUCUUUUGUUAGAAGCCCCCUUUUGAGAACAUGGUAAUAUUUCAACCAGCAUACAAAAGGCUUAUGUUACAUUUUCAAGGAAUGCCAUGAAUGGAGUUGGUUUCUGCCAUUUUUUAUGUAUGUCCCUUGAAAUGCUAUAAGAAUCUUGUCUACCGAAAGUAUUGUAAUAGCUUUUGUAAAAUGUGGCCAAAAACCUCUGGUUUCAUUUAAAUGGUAUGUGGCCUUUUAACUGUGCUUUGUAUCAGUGUUCUUCAGUAAGAUUAAAAAAUCACCCAACCUUAAUUUUAAAGCCUUAUUCCUUCAUCAUGUUAUCCAUAUAAUUUGUACAUAACACACCAAGCUUGAAUAUAUUCUCAUCAGUGGUUUAUGCGAUUGCUUUUGGACUGGGAGCAAGUAUAAAUUCUGAGAUGUAAUGAAAGUUCAGACUGUGGAGCUCAGGAUGCUUCCAUUUGCUUCUUAGCAUAACAGCCAAGUCUGUGUGGGCCUUCCUUGGAAUUGGGCUCUAGAUAUAUUUCUGAACUCAACCAUUGUUUUGAGACAGCUGCAUGCAAUGGGAAAAUAGGAUUUUCUGAGGAAAAUGCUACUUCCUCUCAGAAAUUAUUCUGUCUUUAAAACUAGAAGAGCCAAGUGGAACAAACUGAUAAUUAGAAGGCAUAGACAGGAUGUGAAGAAUGUUAGUUUAUCUAGUUCAAAAAUAUACAGCAGUAAUCAACUGUAUGCACAUUAUCUGUUAUGUAUUACAGUAUGCUGUCAGACUGCUACUCUUGGUUUGCACAAGAAGCUAUUCUACGAAAACUAAGAUCACUGAAAACAUAGUCCAUUUUUAUUAAUUUACUGAUUAAACAGUAAUUUCAAUUUUAAAAGGGUACGUUCAUAUGUGCUAGGUGCAUACAUGACAAAAAAUAAAUUAUGAAUUCCUGAG